UUAAAUAAAUAAUCAAGCUUGGGUGAUUCUGGUUUUCGUUUGCAUCAAAAGUAAAAAUAGCUUUUGUCACGUGACAUGUCGCCAAAAUGGAUGUUAGCAAAAUCAGUAAAGUAGACCAGGUCCAGGGAUAUGAUAAUGAUGUGCACGGAAAAAUAAACAAAAAUCAAAAAGAUGUAUCAAAUUCAAAACAAAAUAAAUGUGAAAAUAUAAGCGAUGGAGAUAGUGAUGAGUCUCUCCUUGAUCUUAGUGACUCUGGAGUAGGAGAUAAAGUACUGCUGAAUUUGUCGGGUGUAACUACUGCGGAACCUAGAUCUAUCAAUAACGCGGGUAACAUACCCACUGCUUCCUUGUCAACAUCAGCAGCUGUGCGCGAGGAAGAGCAUUUAUUCAAUAUUACCAGCAUAUCAAAGCCCAAGCUAUCACUUCAGUCUGAGAAUUGGACUAAGUCAAGUAACGUAGUAGGGUCGACUGGUUGUGACUCCGACGGGGCUGAGAGCCAGACGUCGCAGGCAGAAGCUUAUCUCAAGGACAUUAUAGCCGGAUCUAGCCAGUUCUCGACGGCUGUUCCUGGUCAGCUGUCACCAGCUGCCCCUGGUCAGUUAUCACCAGCUGCCUCUGGUCAGUCCUCGUCAACUGUUCCUGGUCAGUCUUCGUCAGCUGCCCCUAGCCAGUUCUCACCAGCUGCCUCUGGUCAGUUCUCACCAGCUGCAUCUGGUCAGUUCUCGCCCAGACGACUCAACCCAUUCGACUUCCCCAGCUCGUACGUCGCCCAGCAGCCGCAGGACGAUCGAUCACGUGACUUUGACCAGCUCAGUUUCGGCGACCCCACGUUCAUCAGCAGCUAUUUCCAGACGCCUGGCGCGGUCACUGCUUCUCCCUUGACCGGCGCUCCCCCCAGACAAACAAACGCCCCCCAUCAGAACCCCGCGGCGCUUCUGGCCCCGGCUGUGCCGGACACCAAAGGACCGAGCUCCAGCAGCCCAGCAUCUGUCCCUCGGGCUCCACUCUAUGGGGGCGAGAAGAACCUCAGCCCACCCGGUCCUGGUGAAAUCCCCGGAUGUAGCGCUGAAAGCCAGCGUAACAGUUUAAUCAUACCAGUGGUCCAUCGCGAUUUUAUACUCGAAGACUACACGUCGGCUCACAAACCUGCUGGAGAGGCACGUUCAGCCGACGCCGUCCCGCCCACAACCGCCGACACUCAGGUCUACACAAACAGACACGGACUACCCAGCAUGACAGAACGUACCUCCGGUUUGCGAUUGGUAGACACGCGGAACUCAGCCAUCGUGGAUUUAUCAAGGACGCGCAUCUCAACCGACGGCUACCCGAGUGCUAAUGCCGAUGCUCGACGCGAGGAGGACGACGAAGAAGAAAACGAGGAAGAAGAUUCACCGCUGUUGGAUAAUAUGAACUCACGCCGCGCGGCUGGCCGCUCUAGCGUGCCGCGCCGCGCGGCGGUUGGACCGUUCGUCAAUUUCGCUGGGCCAGACCGGGGUCUCACAUCCAGCGAGACCGCUUCCCCGAGCAUGACCAAAUCCUACACGGAGCGGGACUGCUUGACGGCGAGCGGCCCGGACUCGGCGUCCAACGGGUCCGUUGUGGGCAGGCACGGGGUCAAGCCCCAAGCGGCCAGUACUCUCUGGCUGAGGAAUUCCUACGGCGAGUACAGUCCCUUGGCCGAGGCCGGCGCGAGUGACCGGGCCUUGACGUGGCGUCAUUGCCACAAGAAACGGCCAGCGCUGACGGAUAAACUAGCGCUGCGUCAGCUGGUGUCCGUGGUUGUGUUGUGUGUCCUCUUCAUGACCGGCGAGGCUAUAGGCGGCGCCUUGUCCAACAGCCUGGCCUUGUUUACGGAUGUCCUUCACCUUGGCAGUGACCUUGUGAGCUUCAUCAUUAGCCUGAUUGCCAUGUGGCUCUCCAACAAGCCGGCAACAAAAAGGAUGUCCUUUGGCUACCACAGGGCUGAGGUGAUGGGUGCGCUGUUGAGUGUGUUCCUGAUCUGGUUGGUCAGUGGUGUGUUGUGCUACAUCGCUGUAGAGAGGAUCAUGCAGGGGCACUACAUGGACGUCAAGCCUGAUGAGAUGUUGAUUACGGCCUCGUUAGGCGUGCUGUUUAAUUUUAUAAUGGGGUUUGUCCUUCACUCAGAGGUCUGCUGCGGCAAAGCUCACAGCCAUAAUAAAUUUGGCCAUGGCCAUUCUCAUGGGGGCGGCCACGGCCAUGGCCACUCCCACAGCCCCUACCCCAAGGAACUGCUGGACGUUCCAAGUUCCGCCCCCGUAGAGGAGGAAGCUCCUAGCAACAGUGGUAGAUACCAGCGGUUGCCGCCAGACAGUGAGUUUGAUGCGUCGGGGCAGGCAAUGAGGGAUGUCAGCUCACAAGAGUUAGGUAAUUGUUGCUGCUGGUUUUGUGGUCGUAGAUGUCAGCUCACAAGAGUAAUUGUUGAUGUUUGUUGUGAUGGUAGAGGAUGUGUGAGGGAUGUCACAUCACAAGAGUUAGAAACCAGCCGAGAUGUGAGUGAUGAGGAAGCCCUACACAAGCACAAGAACAUCAACGUGAGGGCGGCCUUCAUCCAUGUUGUAGGUGACAUCAUACAGAGCCUGGGUGUCCUUGUGGCGGCUCUGAUCAUCAAGUUUACUCAUGAUGAUAAAUUUCGACUUGCCGACCCCAUUUGUACCUUCCUGUUUUCUGUUCUUGUUCUCAUCACCACCUUCACAGUACUGAGGGAUGCCUUGCUGGUUGUUAUGGAAGGUGUGCCCAGAGAUUUAUCAUACGAAUCACUGAAGCGUGAACUAGCUGCCAUAGAUGGCGUGGUGGCUGUCCAUAGCCUCCAUAUAUGGGCAUUGACCUUAGACAGGAACUCAUUAUCUGUUCAUCUGGCUGUUGAAAACCCAAACCUCCACAGUCAGGUUCUGGCUGCAGCCACCAAGCUGGUCCAGGACAAUCAUCACUUCAUCCACUCCACCAUCCAGGUGGAGCUGUAUGACGAGGUCACUACUAGGGAUUGUGGGGAAUGCCAGGCACUUGUGUAACUGUGAGGUCACCACUAGGGAUUGCAGGGAAUGCCAGGCACUUGUGUAACUGUGAGGUCACCACUAGGGAUUGCAGGGAAUGCCAGGCACUUGUGUAACUGUGAGGUCACUACUAGGGAUUGUGGGGAAUGCCAGGCACUUGUGUAACUGUGAGGUCACCACUAGGGAUUGCAGGGAAUGCCAGGCACUUGUGUAACUGUGAGGUCACUACUAGGGAUUGUGGGGAAUGCCAGGCACUUGUGUAACUGUGAGGUCACCACUAGGGAUUGUGGGGAAUGUCAGGCACUUGUGUAACUGUGAGGUCACUACUAGGGAUUGUGGGGAAUGUCAGGCACUUGUGUAACUGUGAGGUCACCACUAGGGAUUGCGGGGAAUGCCAGACACUUGUGUAACUGUUGUAUGAUAAGGUCACCUAAAGAGAUUGUUGUCCUGUCUAGAGUUCAUUCAACUAUUCUACAGCUGUUUUCACACGUAAAGGGAUGUUGAAUUGUUUUUAUGUAGUGCCUUCCUCUAUCAUCACCAAAAGAUAAAACAGAUAUUUUUUUUGUAAAUGUUAAACCAUAAUAAUAAAUUAUUAUACAGACUUUUAUUAAUUAGUGUAAUUAAAAUAAAAAAUCUAUUUUAAAAAACUUUUAAAUGUACAAAUUAGAAAAUAGCAAUGACACACAGUUUACUACUUCAUUGCCUUCAAGUAAUGCAGAUUUUUUUUCUAAAUAAACUAAUAGACUUGUAAUAAGUGUAAAUAUAAGAAGAUAUUAAACUAAAUUAAAAACCUAUUGUAUGUACAUAGAAUGAAAUGGCAAAUUUAAUAUUUUGCUAUCCCAUAACAUGUUGGCAUAAAAUGCAAUCUUAAACUUAA